UGGAUUGGACACUACAACUUAAGAAAUUGGCAGUGAACUACCACCGUAGCCUAUCCGAUGCAAAACAUUUCCGCCAAUCUAACGGAAUUGUGAAAGCAGCGGGAGAGCUGCCUCUUUUCUCUCUGUCGAAACAUAUUCAAUAGAAAAUGAUUUUCGUGGUCUUUUUCUGAUUCUUUCUUUCUUCUACGAUACGCAUCUCUAUUUCUAUCCAGUCUUCGUCUUCACCGUUGGAUUUUUCUCUCCCAAAAAAAAAAUAAAAAAAAUAAAAAUCGGUUUGAUGGUUGUUUUUGUUUCUCCUUUGAUCUUGGUUAUACCAUCCACAUGUCGAAUUCCAUGACAGAUUUCUUGAAUGUAUUGUACGUUGUUUUCUCCUUCUGCUCUGCUCUCUCCCUGGGAGCUCUGAAAGGUAUCUUUGUGGGUCCUAUUGCAAGUUCGUUACUGAUCUUGGGAAAUGUUGGGGUUAUUCUGGCGUUGCUUCCUGCUCAGGUUACUUGGACUGUCUAUGCUCUUGUCAAGACAAAACGGUUUGAUGCAACUCUCAAAUUUGCCUUCCUGUUUGCUCUGCCCCCACUGUUUGGUCUUUGGUUGAUUCUCAGUAUCGCUGGAAGUGUUCUUGUUGGAAUGGGUUAUGGGUUCUUCACGCCGUGGGUUUCGACUUUUGAGGCCUUUAGACAGGUUGGGGAAUCGAAGAAGUUCUUGCACUGCAUUGUGGAUGGAACGUGGGGAACGAUUAAAGGGAGUUGCACUGUGGUCCGAGAUUUCGGCGACAUUUGCUACCAUUCAUACCCGCAGUACUUGAAGGAGUUACAUGAAGGCUCUGGUUCAGAUGAAACUCACUCAAUCAGGUUAAUUGAGGUGCCAGGAUGUCUUGCUGUGGGGCUGAUGGGCCUGAUCGUGGAGAUCCCGCUUUACACGGCAAUAGCCAUAAUUAAGAGUCCAUACAUGCUCUUCAAGGGCUGGCACCGCUUGCUGCAUGAUCUUGUAAGCCGAGAGGGCCCAUUCCUUGAGACGGCUUGUGUGCCCGUUGCUGGUCUGGUGAUCCUUCUAUGGCCUCUCAUUGUGAUUGGGAGUAUCUUGUUGGCUAUUUUCUCAAGCAUCUUCGUUGGGUUAUAUGGCUCGGUCAUCGUAUAUCAGGUCUAUAUGCAAGUUUCAUUAACUUUUCAUUAUCUUGAUAUCCUGACAGGCUUCAUGAUAUCUCUCUCUAUGUUUCAUACUUCUCUUAAAACUCAUAUCUGGUAUUCGAUGCAGGAAAGAUCUUUCCGGAGAGGUGUUGCUUAUGUGAUUGCCAUGGUUUCAGAGUUCGACGAGUACACGAACGACUGGCUAUAUCUGAGGGAGGGGUCUAUCCUUCCAAAGCCCCGGUACCGAAAGAAGAAAGCCUCCCACUCGGCGGAGUUUCCUGUCGGAGCUAGUAAUGCAGCGGGAAGCAAUGCUGGGUGUCUUUCUUCAGAGGCACCCGCGUUGCUUGUUCCAAGUUUAGCUCCUUCAAGAUCUAUCAGAGAAGCGAUACAGGAAGUGAAAAUGGUGCACAUAUGGGAAGACAUGAUGAAGGGAUGUGAAAUGAGGGGGAAGGUGCUGUUGGAUGCAAAUGUGAUAACGCCGGGCGAUCUUAAUGAGUGCACCAAGGCUAAGGACAGCCAAGAGACCAUCGUGGGCCUUGGCCUGCCUUCCUACGCAUUCUUGCACUGCCUCCUCCACUCCGUCAAGGUAGGGUCGAGUGGGCUGCUGCUGACUGAUGGUGUGGAUGUGACCCAGCAGAACCGCCCACGCGAACGGGUGCUGGACUUCUUUUUCCAGCCUGUGAUGGUUCUAAAGGAACAGAUCAGGGUUCUGAGAUUGGUGGAGGGUGAGGUGGGGUUCUUGGAGAAGAUUACACUCUUUGGAUGCAAUGCCGAACGGUUUGAGGCUUGGGAUAAUGGCUCAUUGGUCCCUCAGGAUGCUCUCAGGGCCGCUCAGAUUCAGGCUAUCAGUAGAAGAGUGACAGGCAUGACGAGGAGCAUAUCAAAGUUUCCGACAUACCGAAGGAGAUUCCGUGAUGUCAUCAAGGCGUUGAUCAUAUAUUCUUUGGAAAGGGGGGGCUCAUCUGCUUCCUAUUCCAGCAGACGUGUUGCUUCCAUGGAACUUCCGUAGGCUCUAAAGUUGAAAGCAAUGGCUGCAUUUGUGUUUGUAAAGAAGUUGUGAAGGUUGUUAGAAGAGAUGGUACGAAGAUUGGGUCCCACGGGUGGGCACGGGCAGGUUGUAGCGAUGUCUUUUUUUUGGCACGGCUCAACAGCAUUGAGAAGAGGAAACAGGCAUUAGUAAUUGACCAUCAUCGUGAGAUACAAAAUGUUGUUUGUACAUAAAUGUAAUGUAUAUUUAUUUCUGGAGUGGCGUGGUCCACCCACUAAUGGUUUCUUGGGUUUUAGGCAG